AUGUCCGCACUAGCUCGAAACCGCGGACCACAGAUGGCAGCCACAUAUUCCAAGAUCACGCGACCAGCAUUCCAACAUUCUGUUCGCAGUCUUGCUACAGUAGCACCAGUGCAAACUGCAACACGCAACCACAAAAUCGUCGUUAUUGGUGGCGGCUCGGCAGGCAUAUCUCUCUCACAUCAACUGCUACGCAAAGGAAACUUCUCACAGGACGACAUUGCUAUUGUCGAUCCUGCACAAUGGCACCAUUAUCAGCCUGGAUGGACACUCGUCGGAGGUGGUUUGAAGAAGAAGGAAGACCUACGCCGUCCUUUGAAGGAUCUCAUGGACCCUAAAUUCAAAUUCUACAAUACCUCGGUGGGAAGCUUCGCACCCGAGGAAAACUACAUUACCACCGGUACCGGAGAGAAGAUUGCAUAUGAACAGUUGGUCGUUGUGCCUGGUAUUACGCUCGACUAUAGUAGUGUGAAGGGCUUGAAAGAGGCGUUGAACGAGAAGGAUGCCAUGGUGAGCACUAUCUACGACUACGAGUAUUGCGAUAAGGCGUAUGAGAAUGUGAAGAAAUUCAAGAAGGGUGAUGCAGUCUUUACUCAACCAGCUGGUGUGGUAAAGUGUGCUGGAGCACCGCAGAAGAUCAUGUGGCUUGCGUUGGACUACUGGAAGAAUGCUGGACUCUACCCGUCGGAUAUCAACAUUAGCUUUGCUACCGGUCUACCUUCCAUGUUCGGUGUGCCGAAAUACGCAGCAGCCUUGGAAAAGCUCCGCGUAGAACGCGGCGUGGAGGGCCUCUUCCAACAUGACCUAGCCUCCAUCUCCGGAAACACAGCAACAUUCAACGUUGCAAACUCUGAACCCAUCAAGAAACACUUCGACUUCCUCCACGUCGCACCCAAGAAUGUGCCUUGGUCUUUUGUCAAAUCCAGCCCCUUGGCCAACGAGGCAGGCUACGUCUCCGUUUCUGAUUCUACCACUCAACAUACCAAGUACCCCAACGUCUGGUCCAUCGGCGACGCAUCCUCUUUGCCUACCUCCAAGACCGUCGCUGCCAUCACCGCCGAAGCGCCGGUCUUGGUGUCUAACUUGCUUUCUGCGAUGGCCGACAAGCCGCUGGAAGCCAACUACGAUGGUUACACAUCUUGCCCGUUGCUUACUGGGCAGAGAGAAGUCAUGCUUGCUGAGUUCAAGUAUGGUGGUGUGCCCAAGGAGACCUUCAACAGUUUACUAGGUAUUGACCAGGGCGUUCCCAGGAAGGCUUUCUAUUGGUUAAAGAAGGACUUUUUCCCGUGGGUGUAUGGAAAGUAUCACGUCAAAGGUGAGUGGGCAGGACCAAAGGGACUGGCUAGGUGA